AUCCAUUAUCAUAUGACUAUCUCGUUACACUAAACUAAACUAUAAAUAUAAAUUUAUCGGUUAAUUAUUUAUCCAUCGGCUAAUUAUUUAUCCUUAUUCUAUUUUAUUGUAUUUUCGGUUAUUACAAUGUAUCGGGAAUAAUUUUUCCGAAAUACUUUGAUUCGAGGAAUAAAUAAUUACAUAACUAUAUCAAUCUAAUUAUGUAACUAGAGUAACUAGAUGAUAUGAUGAAAUGUUAAUGUAUUAAUUUGAUUUGACUUAUAAACAUUUUUUUCUUCAUCAGAAAAAUAUCGAUGGACGGUCAAGUUUAACAACAACAAAUUCAAGUUCAACAAACUUGGUACGGAAGAAUGUGGGCAGUUUUAAAGAAAAUUUAUGAUUUCGUGAGCAUUUUCGUUAAAGUCGUUUCGCUUAUUGGAUCAUUGGCAUCCAUUAUAUCCUUAUUAACUUACUUGGUAUUCUACGCUAUCCAAAUAAAUGACAAAAUUAUCAUGAUGAAUAAAAACAUGGAUUCGGGGUACAAAAAUCUAGAAGAAAGAAUAGAUUCGCGUUUUGGAGAGAUGGCCAAAAAAUUCGAUCUUUUCAGUGACAAGAUUUCCGUUAGGGAUAGAGAGAUCGACGUUAUAAAUAAAGAGAUUGCUGUUGUUGAUGGAAAGCAUUCCGCUACUAAAAGUAACAUCGAUGAAAAGAUUGGAAUAUUCAAAGAUAGACUUGAUCUAGCCGACAAACAGAUUUUCACUAUACAAGAAAGAUUAAAAAGAAAGUGGGGGAGUUAAUACUUAAAUUUAUGUGAAAUGGAACCUAUUUUCAGUAAAAGAUAAAUUGUAUUGUUGCUAAUAGGGCUAUGUCUUACACACGUUUAAAAAAUUCGAAGUAAAA